CUCGUCAAGUCGUCCCCUCGUCGUGUCAAAAAAAAAAAACGUCCCCUCGUAGUCGCCGCCGCCGCAGCACCAGCAGCAGCCGCCGGGGAGGCCCGAAUGCGCCUGCAGUCGCCGUAGCGCCACCCUAUCGUCCGUCCGGAGGGAGGCACAGGCACGCGAUGGAGACGGACGAGCGGGCGGAGCCGGCGCGGCGCGCCAAGGAGGCCGGCAACGACGCCUACCGCAAGUCCUUCCUCGAGACGGCCGUCGAGCACUACACCCGCGGCGCGCUCCUCGACCCCAGCGACAUCUCCUUCCUCACCAACCGCGCCGCAGCCUACCUCAAAUUGUGCAAGUACAAGGAGUGCGUAAGGGACUGCGACGACGCGGUGAGGCGCGGCAGGGAAAUCGGCGCGGAGAACAAGCUGAUCGCGAAGGCGCUGUGGCGGAAGGCGUCAGCGCUGCUCGAGCUCGCGGACUGCGCCAGGGACUACGCACCGGCGAUCAGGGCCCUGGAGCAGUCGCUGGCCGAGCACUACUGCGAGGAGAUGCUCCACAAACUUGGCGAGGCGGAGAGGAAGAGGAAGGAGGUGGAGGAGCAGGAGCGACUGGAUCAGGAGGCCGCCGACCACGACCGCGAGAAAGGUAAUGAAUUCUUUAAGCAGAAGAAGUACCAUGAAGCAGCAAUGCACUACACUCGAGCUAUGAAAAUGAGCCCAAAGGAUCCAAGGGCGUUUAGCAACAGAGCUCAAUGCCACAUCUAUCUGGGAGAUUUCCCUCAAGGUCUUGAGGAUGCAGAGAAAUGUGUCGAACUAGAUCCGACUUUUCUAAAGGGCUAUUUGCGUAAAGCUAAAGUUCAGUUCCUGAUGGAAAGAUAUGAAAAUGCUCUGGCAACUUACCUGGAGGGUUUGAGGUGUGACCCAAAUAAUCUGGAGGUUCUUGAUGGCUUAAGAAGAUGUGCAGCAUGCAUUAAGAGGGCUAAUGGGAGUGAUUUUGAGCUUAAGGAAUUGAAAGAGAUGUCAGGAAAUUUCCAAUCAGAAAAUGAUUUGUGUAAAUUUGAAAAAGCAAUGGAACAAGCUGCAAUAUUCAAGAAGGAAGCUUCUGAUGAGCGUCUGAUGCGCAUAGAAUCUGAACGAGUGGCUAGAACAAUGGAGGAACAUCUUUCAGGGGUACACCAAGAGUUGGAACGACUUCAAAAACAACACGCUGAGGUCAUAGAGAAACUUGAGAAGGCCAAUGAGCAUAUACAAGGUCAGCUCUCUGAAUCCAGAGGACAAUAUGAACGGCUUCUAUCAGAGCAUGAUCACUUGCUACACGAGAGGAAUCAUGCUGUCCGGGAGGUUCAAGAGUUACGUCAAAAAAGAGGCCAGAUGCUUUCAGUAUUGACUACAUCAAUGCACUGUGAAUUUUCAUCAUCUGAACUGGAGUGUGCUACUGAAAAUUUCAGUAGUUCUCUUAAAAUUGGAGAAGGUGGGUUUGGAUGCGUGUACAGAGGUACCCUCCGGAACAUGACAGUUGCAAUAAAGGUGUUGAAACCUGAUAAUUUACAGGGACAAUCACAGUUCGAGCAAGAGGUUGCUAUCUUGAGUAGAGUGAGGCACCCUCACCUUGUAACUCUGUUAGGAGCCUGCUUGGAGUCAUCUACACUUGUAUAUGAGUUCUUACCAAAUGGAAGCCUUGAAGAUUUUCUUGUUUGUGCAGAAAAGAGGCGCAGUCUACCCUGGCAGACUCGCAUCCGAAUUAUUGCUGAGAUUUGUUCAGCAUUGACAUUUCUGCACAAGAAUAAACCACACCCUGUUGUUCAUGGAGAUCUGAAACCUGCCAACAUCCUUCUUGAUGUUAAUUUAGUCAGUAAAAUUAGUGACUUUGGUAUCUCUCGCCACCUGUUGCAGUCAAGCACCAACAACACUACCAUGUAUCGCACCAUGCAUCCCAUGGGAACCCUUCAGUACAUGGACCCAGAGUUUUUUGCCACGGGAGAGCUGACAUGUCAAUCUGAUGUUUAUUCUUUUGGGAUUGUGGUCUUGCGCCUUUUGACAGGAAAGCCUCCUGAUGGUAUAAAGAAGAUUGUGGAGGAUGCCAUGUUGAAAGGCGACCUGAACUCAGUUCUUGAUACCUUAGCAGGAGAGUGGCCUUACGUAUACGCCCAGCAGGUAGCACACCUUGCUCUCAGUUGCACAGAGACAAGCCGGAGGUGCCGUCCUGAUCUUUCAGUCGUGGUGUGGGGAGUGGUUGAGGCGAUUAGGGAUGCUGCAACCAUAACAAUACCAUCGGCCUCCUCUUCUAGAUCAGUGUCUGAUGAGAACUGCACGCCGUCAUAUUUCAUCUGCCCUAUAUUUCAGGAUGUCAUGAACGAUCCGCACAUCGCAGCGGACGGAUUCACCUAUGAAGCCGAGGCCAUCAGGAGCUGGCUCGACGGAGGCCAUGACACAUCACCGAUGACUAAUAUGCGACUAGAACACGACGAGCUCAUUCCCAAUCGCGCGCUCCGUUCCGCCAUCCAGGAAUGGCUCCAGCAGCAGAAUGUGGCCUUGUAGUCAGUUGGGUUGCUGCGUGCUUCUCCAGUUCUCCGCCACCAGAUAUAGUUCGGUGCCCCUCUACCGAUGCCUUGGUCCUGACGAGUUGAAUUGCUGCCCCUGUAGAGCUAACAUUCUUUUUUUUUCUUUUUGAACUGUAGAGCUAACAUUCAACUAUAUGUGAUAGUGUACCUUGUAGCAUUGUAGGCUUGUAGCUAAUAUUAAACUUAAACGGUGAUGCCUGCCAAGACCUGUAUGCACUCUUUAGGGCCGGAGCUAAAAGACAUAUUUGCCUUCUAUCAUCCUACUA